AUGAUUAGUAUUGGUAUAUUUUACUUUUCAAUCCUUACAUUAAUAGGUUCAUCAUGGUUCAGUUCUGCUUUUCUGGUUGUUAAUGCUGCAUUGGGUGCAGGUUUAUUGAAUUUCCCUGCAGCAUAUGACCAGGCAGGAGGUGUUGUAGUUGCUGUAACAAUUCAGACUUUGUUUUUGGUGUUUAUUGUGUCAGCUAUAAUGAUUUUAGCGUAUUGCUCAGACAUUGAUAAAGUGGCUACUUAUCAAGAUGUUGUUUCAUCAGUUUGUGGUAAAAAGGCUCAAAAUGCAUCUGCUCUAUGUUUAUUGGUAUAUUGUUUUGGAACUUGUAUAACAUUCCUCAUCAUUAUUGGAGAUCAAUGGGAAGAAUUUUUUCUGUUUGUAAGUAAAACUGUAUAUUGUUCUGAUAGACCAAUUUAUAUGGAUAGAAGUUUUAUAAUAGCCGUUACAUCUAUAGUUUUUAUUUUACCUCUAUGUUUUCCUAAAAGAAUUGAUUUCUUAAAAUAUGCAAGUGUAGUAGGAGUUAUUGGUAUAAUGUAUGUGAUGUUAUUAGUAGCUGUAAAAUAUUUCAUACAGGAUCCAGAUGAUAAACCAGCAUAUAUCAAAACAAGUCCUGAUUCUUGGAUGGAUGUGUUUUUAGUUAUUCCUGAUAUUUGUUUUGCCUAUCAGUGUCAUGUUAGUAUCAUCCCAAUAUAUUCCUGCAUGGAAAAAAGAAAUAUAAAAGAAUUUUCUAAAACUGUGACGUUAGCUAUGGUAUUAUGUGUAUUGAGUUAUACUGUAACUGCUGCAUUGGGAUAUCUACAGUUUGGACAUAAAAUAACAACAGAUAUUUUGGUAUCCUUUGAUCCUGAUAUUGAAGUUAUCAUAGCUGUUGUAUUGAUUGCUGUUAAAACAUAUACAACAUAUCCAAUAUUGCUUUUCUGUGGAAGGGCAGCGUUUGAUUCUGUAUGGAAUGAAGUUUUAAAACUAACACCAGAGGUUAUUGAAGAGAGGGAAAGAAAAAUGAGAAUAAUAGUUACUUUAAUAUGGUUCACUUUAACUGUUGCAUUGGCAAUAUUUAUACCAAAUAUAGGAGUUGUUAUUCAACUUUUAGGAGCAUUUGCUGGGUUAUUUAUUUUUGUCUUUCCAGGAAUGUGUUUACUCAAAGUAAUGUUGGAUAAGAUAUGUGAGGGAGUAGAAUUUAUAACUCAUGUUAAACGUGUCAAAUUUUUAUUGUAUUUUUCCUGUGUGUUUAUUACCAUAGGAGUGUUCAUAUUUGGAUUAACCUUGACUCAAGCUAUACAGAAAGAUAUACAUGGGGUCCAGCCAGAUAGAUCUAAUUAUACAUGUCAGAAUUAAAUAUUAACUUAAUAGGCCUGCAUAUUGAAUAUGCUUUAAAUACUCAUCAGUUUGUAGUUUCAAAAUUGGACAAAGUGUUGUUAGUUGUAUAUCUUGGCUAAAUGAGCCUUUGUUCAUCAGUGGACUUACCUGUCAAAACUAUACAACAGAAUCCUUCUAUAAUCCAAUAAAUCCAUGAUACUAGAAGUGUAGAAGUAUAUUUCAAUAAUUAUUUAGUUUUAUGGAUCUUAUAAUAUAGAGAGAUUCUGUUCUUUAGUCAUGGCAACUGUCCAACAGUCCAACUUGUUUACUAAGAUUGAGACUUUCUAAGAGGUAGUAUUUCUUUAACACUAUCUAAAUCAAACUUGAAUUCUAUUUGAUAAAUUACGAUGGUUGACCAAUGAAGUGUCCAUUUUUUAUAAUGAUGUCAUACUUUAGCACCUUAAUAUGGCCAGAAAUUGUGCAAAUAUCUUCAUAAUAGGAUGAUAAUAAAAUCUUAAUAAACAAUUAUUUAGAUAAGUAUUUUUCUAAAAAAAAAGGUUCUUAUAUUUAGCCUAAUGUGUUCUUCAUUUAUCAAUCCAAGUUUUUUUAAUUGCAUUUUUAUACUGUGAUAAGAAAUAAACAUUCCAGUUUAA